AUGAAUUCACCAAAUUAUAACCAUCAUUGUUUAAUUCGUCACGAUCCUGUUACUGCACGUGCCAUUUCACGUUUAAGCCAUGGAGUUGCUCGUUUAACUGCAAACCUCAAUCCCGAUAGACAGUAUCGACAUUUUCGCCUCAGACACGCAAAAUCCAGGAACAGAACUGAAUCAGAAUCUACAUUGAACGACCACCAAUCUAUUACAACGGGUUCAAAACGUAAAUGGCGACCGGAUAAAAUUGAACUGGAUACAAUCAUGGAAUUGGAACAUUCCACAGCUGUCUGUUUGAAACCUUCUAUGCAGUCACCACCAUCAUCGUUAUUAUUAUCAUCAUCGUCAUCAAACAUGGAAUCAUUACAGCAUGUAUCCGUAUCGAUAGACGCUUUAAAUUUACAAACUAAGCCAAUUCCAACAUUUUCUUGUUCAAAUCCUGUAUUGUAUAAAUCACUAAGCUCCGACCAUAUUGAAGCUAUGGGACGUUAUUCUUCAGGAUCAUCAAUGCUUUCGGUCACUGGAUCGUCAGGUAAUAAUUCUGAGAGUGAUGCUUCGUCACAUGAUGCUGACAUUGAAGAUGCAGAUCAUGGUGAAAUAAUCUGUUUCAAAGGUGGUAGAUCGUUGACAAGGAUUAGUAGACGUAAAUCAUCUGUUAUCGACAAACAUUCUUAUGAAUUAUGGAGAUCAAUGGAUACUGUGUAUCAUGCUUCUGGGGGAGGCGGCGGUGGCGGUGAUUCUUCGGAUGGCCUGUCAAUAAAUAUUAAAAUUCCAAGAUUAACAUCAAUACACUUACAUAAUACAACUGGAUUAUAUUGUGAACAUUCAUCGUCUAGGCUAUCACCGGCUAUUUCACCAUCUGGUUAUCAACAGACCAAAAGAAAUACUAUUAGUGGUAUGUUAGCCUCUUCGUCAUCUGAUACAAAUCAUUGUCGCCGUAGUCGUCGUAACAAGAGAUGUAAAUGUAGACUGCGAAAUAAGAGUGAUACUACCGAUGAUAAACACGGGGAACAUAUCUGUCACAGAAGUUGUGCCAAAAAUGGCUCACAUUCUUCGUCUAGUUCAUCUUCAUUGUCAACUGAAGAAUCAUCCGAUGAGAAACGUUCGAAAGGUUUCAUUGUAUACAAACAUCGAUUCACCUCUAUCCCGGAACAUCAGAAUACUUGUGAUACCGAUAUGGUGAAUAUGACUUCUCGUAAUAAGAAAACUAUUCAAAAAAUCGUUAAAUCACCAUCUACCAUAAUGGAUAACAACCGUUGUGAAACAAUUGUUGAUCCAUUCAAGUCAAAAUAUCCGUUAAAUGAUUCAACUCUAGAUGAACCAGUUGAUCCAGAACUGGCUAAUCUUUUACAUGGUACAUGGCCAUUAUUAAGUAACAGAGCAAAAUUAGGUUAUACUAAAGCAAUGAAUUCAUCUCAUUCAAAACGAUAUCCUAAUUUAAAAAAACGUAAUACACCUAAUAACAAUCAUCAUCAUCAUCAUCAUAAAAUGAAAGAUGAUUCAAAGUCUAUACAUCAAGCUUCAAUUAAAUUUAUUCCAUCUAAGCUAAAUCAAGUUGAUGGACAAAAUAAUUCCAUAUUGAAGACUGAUAAAUGUAAUCGUCAAAUGCCUACACCUCCAUGGAUGAUUAGUGACAAUGAAUCAUUAAGAGAUUCUGAUGAAUUUGAUUCUGAUCACAAUAAAAAAGUACGUACUCCCGGUGUGAACAAUCAACGUCCAUGUGUUGAUAAUUGGAAAGCAGAAGUGUCUAAUGCUGAACCAUUAACUGAGACUAAUAAAGGUCAUCGUUUAUUACAAAAACUUGGUUGGAAACCUGGUGAUAAACUAGGACGAAAUAGUAAAGGUCUAAUUACACCAGUCAACUGUAAAGAAGAUAGUCAUUCUUUUGCAAUAUAA